AUGGAGGCAUUUGAUAUAUUCGUUAGAAAUUACGAUGAUGGCAAGCCAAUGAUCACUCUUACAGUUAGUUCUAACACCUAAAUAUCAAAACUUAAGAAGUAAUUUGCUGAGCAAUACUCUGACCUAUUUUACCCUGAAAAGUAAUAAUUUUGGCAUGACGGGAUAGCAAUGAAAAGAGAUUAUAUGACAUUAGAUGACUAUGAUGUUAAAGCUGGAGAUACUGUUUACAUUUAAGAUAUGGGUAUCUAGGUAUCCUACAGAUUGUCAAAAAUUUUGAUAAACAUUGGACCUCUAAUAACUUUCACUCUGUUUAACUUCUAUUGGUUCGAUAUUUAUUCAUUCUGUCUCAACGAUCACAAAUAUGUGCACUAAAAUUCUUAAUACUCAAGAGCUCAGCAACUAGGAAACUAGAUGGUAUUUAUUCACUUCGGAAAGAGAAUUUAUGAGUGCAUUUUUGUGCAUUACUUCAGCAAAUCAUCAAAAUCUCUGAACAAACUUAUUUGGGAAUUCGGAUAUAUAUGGCUGUUCUUUGGCUUGGUUGUACCAUUUUAUUUAUUCCACCCAGACUAUAAUGAGUCCUUAUUGAAAUCUAUUUUCUAUGAGGACCAUAUUCCUCAAAUCUACUUCUUUUUAUUCUUAGCCUUCAUUUUCUUCGAAGUUAUGAAUUUCUUCUGUCAUGUACACUUAAAAUCCUUCAGGGUAAGAGACCUAGACACUACCAGAGGAAUCCCGAGACUUCAUGGCUUCAGUUACGUUUCAUGUGCCAACUACUUUUAUGAAAUACUAGCAUGGGUAUGCUUCGCAAUUGUUACACAAACCUUAAUGUCUACAACAUUUUUGUUCACUAGUUUUUUCAGAAUGAAUAGUAGAGCUCAGAAGAAGCAUCUUAGAUACAUCGCCGAGUUUAAAAAUUAUUAUCCCGCAGAGGAAAGAAGAGCUUUUAUUCCUUUUCUGUUUUGA